AUGCUGAAGCCAAAGAACAUCCGCUUCCGAGCGCUUGAGAAGGUCAAAGUGCGACCGCGCAGUUUGGUGCAGAUUUGUCUUCAGCGUGUGGCAGAGAAUUUCCUGCGAUAUGACAAUCUGCACACAAAGCUGGGGAGGAAGCAGCUGGAG